AACGAUUGUGCCGUUGAAGAUUAAUGUUAAAGUCUGAGGAACAAAUGCCAAAAUAAUCAGUGUCAAAAUCAGGUGUCUAAAGUCAAUCGCAGACGUCAAAUAGGUUAUGUUUGUUUAAGACUGAAAUAUUUAAAAUGGAUUGUGGCCAAAGGUUGAAUUUCUGAUGUGUUUGGAUAUGAAGUAACAGUGCAUUAGGUAUAGGUCGACCCUCCGUCUGUUGUGUUUGAUAUGGAUGAGUUUAAGUUAAAAGCGGGAGAAAAAAUCGGGGCUUUGCACGAUGCAGCUGUAGCAGCCGCUAAUAGCAGCAAAAACAAAUUUCACGAUGUUAUCGACCACACAGCAGAAGCGAUUAGAAGAAUCAGGGAGGCGUUCUCUGACAUGUGGGAUCACGAGCUGGUGACGGAGGGCAGGGCGCGGGCGGUGGCGUGGGCGCGGGAGGCGGCGCGCAGGGUGCAGGAGGGCGCUCCGCCCCUCUCGCCCAUGAUACUGUACCAGGAGCUCGUGACACUCUUUAAAGACCACGUAUGGCGUCGAAGUAUGAUAAUCUUUAUCUGUGGUGCAGCGGUCGGCGGAAGUGCUGGACUUUUGAUAGGGCUCCGAGCCAGUUCUAGAGUUCCUAGUGGGCCCCACGCCAGAGCCCUACAUACCCAGUCUGACCAAACAGUGUUACUAGUCGAAGAUGCUGUUUCACCAGCCGGGUGUGGUGCGGGCGAGGUGUUAGUGCGAGUGCAGGCGUUCAGCGUGUCGGGCGCGGACCGGGCGGUGCUGCGGGGCAGGGCGGGCGCGCUGCGGGCGCUGCUGGGGACCGGGCACGUGACUGUGGGCCGGGGGUUCGCGGGUGUAGUCCUGGACGUGGGUCAGGGGGUGACAGACCUGGAGAUGGGAGACGAGGUGUGGGGCUGCGUCAGCGAGUGGAGUGGGGGUGCUGCUAAUGAACUGCUCGCCAUCAGGAGUUCUCGAGUAGGCAAGCGACCGCGUCACCUGGCAGCUGACAGUGCGGCCGCCCUGCCCUGGGCGGGCGCUCUGGCGCUCGCCGCCCUGCAGCAGGCGCAGCUGAGGCCGGACUGUAGCAAGGGGAAACGGGUGUGCGUGGCGGGGGCGGCCAGCGGCGAGGGCUGUGCGCUGGUGCAGCUGCUGGCCGCCUGGGGGGCGCGCGUGGCGGCCGCCGCGCCGGGGAGGGCACAUCGCGUACUGAAGGACCUGGGUGCACAAGAGCUAAUAGAAAUGGAUAGCAACGCGCACACCAGCCCAUCAUGGCUGACCCUGGAACAGGUGGCCAGCCGGCGCGGCCCCUGGGACUGCGCCCUCUGCUGCACCGGGGCUCCGCCCUCACCCGCCCCUGCGCCCUCAGCCCUACUCAAAUCGACAGCACCACGCUCCGCGUUAAUAGAUUUGCGACCGAAGCCCUUACUGUCUGACCGUCUUCCAACUCCCUUCUGGGUGAUAUUCUCAGCAUCCUUUUACGCCUUCAAGUUUUUAAGGUGGGUAACCGGAUGUGGGACACACACAGACUGGUUGGAGGACAAGACCCAGCUCCGGGAAGGACUCGACAGCUUGAGGCUACUUGUUGACUCCGGGCAACUGGCGCCUGUGCUUGAUAAGAUCUUUUUUCCCCAAGACUUUGAGUCAGCAUUAGCUCACACAUGCGGAGAGGACGCCAUCGGUACUUCCGUGGUAAGGUUCCCGUAGUCUCCAUAUUAGAUAAUUUAUAAAUAAAUCGAAAAUCCCGCUCAAAUUAACAUAUGUCAAAUGACACAGAUAGUAAAUACAAUAUCCAUAUAUAAUCUGUGAUUUAAAAACACCAUUGAUAAAAUAUUUAAAAAAACUUUUUUGUAUAUAAAUAAAUUGUUUACGAAGUCUAAAAUAAUUUAAACAAGUUCAAAGUGAUUGUAUACAAAAUAAAGUUACUGAAUCUUUGUA